UGAACUUUCUCUGACGUUAUAUUGACGCUUGUUCAGGCUUUUUCACUUCCAAUGUUCUUUACCAACUUGUCUUGUCUCUCUCCGACAACCAAAACCCGGAAAAUUAAUUGAACACAGCCAAAAAAAUUAGAAAACUUGGUCCAUGGCCGCUUCACCCAAGGAGAGAAACCCAUCGGAUUUAUCGCCGGACCGACCGGCUACAGCUAUUUUGGUACAACCAUCUUCUCCAAGGUUCCCAGUUUCCUCCGCCGGGACCCAACGUAAGAUCGGUAUAGCCGUUGAUCUGAGCUACGAGAGUGCCUUUGCCGUUCAAUGGGCUGUUCACAACUACCUUCGUUCGGGGGACAUUGUUAUCCUCCUUCACGUGAGUCCGACGAGCGUUCUCUACGGUGCUGACUGGGGAGCCAUAGACGUGUCACUUCCUGAUGAUGAUGAAACCCAGGAAACUCAGCAGAAACGGGAGGAAGAGUUUGAUUUGUUCACUAAUAAGAAAAUAAACGAUCUUGCUUUACUAUUGGCGGAAUCUCAUAUAUCCUUUAAGGUUCACAUAGUGAAAGAUCAUGAUAUGAAGGAAAGGCUUUGCUUGGAGGUGGAAAGGUUGGGUUUGAGUGCUGUGGUUAUGGGGAGUAGAGGGUUUGGAGCUGCAAAGAGGAGUGCUAAAGGAAGGCUGGGAAGUGUAAGUGAUUACUGUGUUCGUCACUGUGUUUGUCCUGUGAUUGUUGUCAGAUUUCCUGAUGGAGAGAAAGAGAAAGAUAGCGAUGGAAAAUUUGAAGGGAAAUGGGUUAGAUAAAGAUGGAGAAGUCUUAUGUCCUUUAGUAGAGGAAGAGGAAAAGGGGUUUCAUAAUGCCGAAGAUAAACAGUCAGAUUCGCAUAAGGCUUUAUGAGCAGCAAGGAGGGUGCUUAGGGAGGCAGUUUAGAAGUUGGAAUGGUCUUUAAUGGAGUUUCUGAACGGUCUUGUGUGAAAAUGGUUGGUGGUUUAUAUGCCUUUGCACCCGUUCUUCUAAUCGCCUAAAUCCGAUGUGAUGGGCGGUUUAUUUAUACGGUACAAAUAAUAGUGAAAGAGAUGGUGGGAUUGAUUUAAAGCUAGCUUACGAUUGAAAAUACCAAGAUAUUGCUUAAGAUUGUGUUCAUGGCAAAUAUAUAUUUAUUUAAUUCAGAAACCUUAAUUAAAUUCUCAGUAAGAGACUAAAUGGGGAAAUGAUGAACUACUGCUUUUGCAUGCCCAUGUCGCUCAGUGAUUCGCAGCUAAAGUUUUGAUGAAAGAAAGCCUAAACAGUGUAUGCAUCAUUAACUUUGUCACUAGCUUGAAGGGAUAACGUAAAAAAAGCUUGAAUUCGAUGCAUUUAAUCAUGAAAAAACCAGUCAUUUUCUUUCGUUAAUUUCCUAUGUUUUUCUGUAGGAUGACAAACAUAGUAAGCCUGUCAACUCGUGUGGACCAAAUGACACCAAUGACCUCGCUCUGAACUCAAGCCAUUCAAUUUUUAUCGGCGCGAGCUCUCAAAGAAGAAAACAUUCAAGGGGAAUGUACCGUAGGGAAUGCAUGUGCUUGAUAAAUUUCUUUUGAAAAGAAAAAAGGACUCAAAAGGGAACUACAAAACUUGUGGCGCAUGCAAAAGAAAUCAUUAGAUACCUUCAUCACGCCUUCAGGUUUCAACGGUUGUCUUUGUGAAUCUCAUGGUGAAAGAAGUGGAAUUUUGGAUUUUAUUGGUCAAACAAUUAAAACCAGGUUCAUUGUCUGGGUGCAAUUGGUAUCAACACUUGCACCAGAAAAGGAUCCCACUCGUUUCCUGGACUCAAGCAUUGUCAAGGGUGGGGUACAAGUCUAGGGGUGUUGAUCGAUGAAUUUUGAAUUGAAUUAUU